AUGUCAAGCCCUCAAGCACCACCACCUUCAUGGGAUAGUCCUCCAAGACCAUCCACUUUGAAGACAAAGAAGAAACUUCUUCCUUACCUUGAAGCAGCCGACCUGGAGACGUCUAGCCAAGCCGCAUCACACCAAGAAGAACACCUUCUAGCCACACCAGAAGAGGAGAUUAACCCUGAGCUGAUCGAGUUCGUGAAGAGAGAUCAAUUCCAUGAUCUGUUUUCAGAGUAUGCGCUGGAGCACAUAGAUCACUUUGACAAUCUUUGUGAUUCCUAUGGAGUUUUUGACUUUGAGAAGAAGAUGAUGCUAUUCAGCACAUCACUAGCUGGACCAGCACUAGAUUGGGCGCAGCAUGAGCCACUCUCUACAAUCGAGUCAUGGAUCGAUUUUAGAGAAGCUUUCUUGGAGAUUUGCAAGGAACCACCUUUCAAAUCCAAGUACCACCACUACUCUCAUCAGCUGGAGAGAGAGCGUGAUGAAGAAGAAUGGGGAGGCAUACCACCCCAUCCUGAAGUUUGA